AUGUUGUCGAUAGUGGUUUCCCUUUUGUUCCUAUCCUCAACUCUUUGUCAGCAGCAACCAUGCGAUCCUCGGGACCCAAACUGUGCCGAUACGUUUCAGGUCACCGGUAACAGCUUUAGUGGGAGCAUGGCCACUGACAUGCCCUUCGCUGCUGGAGGUGGCAGUGGUUUUUCUAAUGCUCCGAACACAUUUGAUACAGUAGCUGUCGUUGGAUUCGACAGUGGAAUGCCUUCAGGAUUCGACACUGGUCGCGGAGUUGCGCAGAUCCAAGGCCUCGACGUUGUCGGUCAACCUUUCGAUGUUCAGACAGAUUUUGGAACCGUCCAGAGGGGUGUUGGUAUCAUUGAAACCAGGGCUUUUGAUAAUGACGAGAGCCAAACUAUUAUUGUUGACCCUAACUUCCAACCUAGAAGACCCAUGGAUCAGAUGAAGAAAAAUAUCCAAAACUACCAGCCAAAAAUGGACAGGAAAAUGGACGUCUUUCCUGGACAAAUUGAUAAAAAGGUAGACAUGUAUCCUGGUAAGUUUGACAAGAAAAUGGAUGUCUUCCCUGAUAAAUCAUACAAUAAGAUUCAAGAGAAGUACCCAGUGGACAAAUAUCCAGUUGAUAAAUAUCCGAUGGAUAAGUAUCCAGUAGAUAAAUAUCCGGUCGACAAGUAUCCAGUUGAUAAAUAUCCGAUGGAUAAGUAUCCAGUAGAUAAAUAUCCGGUCGACAAGUAUCCAGUUGAUAAAUAUCCGGUCGACAAGUAUCCAGUUGAUAAAUAUCCAGUGGACAAGUAUCCAGUAGAUAAAUAUCCAGUGGACAAGUAUCCAGUAGAUAAAUAUCCAGUGGACAAGUAUCCAGUAGAUAAAUAUCCAGUGGAUAAGUAUCCAGCAGACAAGUUUCCAGUGGAUAAAUACCCGGUAGACAAAUAUCCAGUGGAUAAGUAUCCUGUUGAUAAGUACCAACCAAAAUACGACAACACCUUGGACAAAUAUCCAGGGAAAAUCGAAAAGUAUCAAAAGUAUGAAAAAGUCCCAGAUAUUUACCCGGCUAAGUUUGAGAAGGGUAUAGAUACUUACCCAGCCAAAAUUGACAAGAAGAUGGACCAGUAUCCGGCUAAGUAUGACAAAGUCUACGAUCCUUAUCCAACAAAGGCUUACGAAAAGGUGGAUGUGUACCCAAACAGGUAUGAUAAGAACGAAAAUUAUCCGAUCGUCGACAAAGUCAUGAAUAUCUUACCUGCUAAAUUUGACAAAAUGGCCGACAAUUAUAAAUCCAUGGACACCUAUCAGCCUAAGUACGACCAGGUUAUGCCAAGUAAAUACCAGAAAGGCUCCUACGACAAAAAGUACCCCUCCAAAAAGUCAUACGACAAUGGCAAGUACAGGAGACGUUACCAGAAAAAGUACGACUACAGUUCCAAGUACCCCAGAAAGUACGACUAUCCGGAACCCACCCGCCGUCCGGUAUACAGGAGGCCUGUCGUCACCGAUCCCCCCGUAAACCAAGACGAGUAUUACGCUAACCAACCCUCCAUCACCAGGCGCAGGAACACCCGGCGACAACGCCCACGCCGCCCCUCCCGCAGGAGGUCUGGGUAUUAAACUCACCUGACUCUAUCAACUGGAUGCCUCUUACUCCAUUUUUGAUUGACUAGCGCUAACAGCUUCCUGUCCUGGCGUUGAGAUGGUCCACUGAUCACGACUUUUCCUUUGUGUGAUUUUUGUUUAGAAAUAAAUGACAUGACUCUGAA